GCCUGCUUUGGUCUCGAAGCUCCUCGCCAGAUUUUAUCAUCAUCUUCAUCAUCUUGUCCUCUGGAGUCUUUCUCCUCUGCAACCACUGGGAAUCCCAGCAGAGAUGGAGCAGAUAGAGCACUCCUAUCUGAACGUCAGAGGCCUCCGCCUCCACAUAGCCCACAUAGGAAAAGAUGAACUGGGGACUGUGGUGUUCCUCCAUGGGUUCCCAGAGAUAUGGUACUCCUGGAGGCAUCAGAUGAUUGCCGUUGCCGAAGCCGGAUUCCGAGCUAUUGCCCCCGACUUUCGUGGCUAUGGCCUCUCCGACCAGCCCCCAGAACCAGAGAGCACCACAUGGGAGGACCUCGUCGCCGAUCUCCUCGGAAUCCUCGACUCCCUCUCCAUUCCCAAGGCUUUCAUGGUUGGGAGGGAUUUUGGAGCAAUACCAGCGUAUGAAUUCGCCGUCUAUCAUCCAGAUCGGGUGUCGGGUGUCGUUACCUUGGGAGUUCCGUUUACUCCCACAGGCUUCUCCUUCGAUACGACCGUCCCGAAGGGUUUCUACAUUACGAGGUGGCGGGAGCCAGGCCGAGCGGAGGCAGAUUUCGGUCGAUUUGACGCCAAGAGAGUCGUCCGCACCAUCUACAUUCUCUUCUCCAGAAGCGAGCUUCCAAUAGCCGAGGAGAAUCAGGAGAUCAUGGACCUGGCAGACUCAUCGACUCCUUUGCCUUCUUGGUUCACCGAGGAAGACCUCGCAGCCUACGCUGUUCCCUACGAGAAAUCUGGGUUCCGCCUUCCACUCCAUAUGCCUUACAGGAUGCUGCAUCUGAGAAUCAAGAAAGCUGAUCCGAAAGUCCAAGUCCCUGCGCUGCUGGUCUUUGGAGAGAAAGACUAUGUUCUCAAGUUCCCGGGAAUGGAGGACUACAUCAGGAGUGGAAUGGCGAAGCAUUUCGUCCCUGAUCUGGAGAUCAUAUUCAUGCCUGAAGGAAGUCAUUUUCUUCAGGAGCAGUUCCCGGACAAGGCGAACGAGCUUCUUGUCAAGUUCCUCAAGAACCAUAUCUGAGCUAGAAUAGAGAUAUGGGAUGGAGUUCUUUGUGAUGUUACACCAGGAUGCAUCACGUCUUUUCUGAUCUGCAAAGCUUAAUUUGUUUCUUGCAAGCAGGCUACGCACUUAAUAAACACCCGAAAUAAGCUGUUGUAGAUUUAUAGAUACUUUCGAUAUAUGAUGGCCGCGAAUGCUCUAAACCGCGAGCUUAGAACUUCUUAAAACCAUGUUCAUUUUCGUUUCAGUGGUGUAGAAUCAUGAUACAUCUUUUUUUAGUAAUCGUUUUCUGAAAUUGUGCA